AAGUUCGCGGAAGACAGUCCACAGGUCUUAGCUACUUGGACCGUCAGGUCCAUAGGAUACGUCCCUGCCGUUGACACGAGUCCAUAAAACCUCACUGAUGCAGCCCCACAGUAAUCAACUUCCUCCUCCGUGACAGAAUCAUACUCUCGCUUCUCUAGCCACUCGGCAACUUCACGACCUCUUCGAAAGUUUCCUGGUGUUCAGAGAUCAGCUGCUGCUGCAACAUGGGUUCCAUAGUAGAAGUGCUCUAUGGUUCUGCCAUUGCUGUUGUCGCCAUCUUCCUGCUAGCGAGAUUCAUCACCACACCAAAGAACAUACCGCCUGGUCCAUUCGCAUGGCCCAUUAUUGGCUCUUUGCAUCUAAUUGGCCCUUAUCCCCACCGAAGUCUGGCGAAACUCGCUGAGAAAUAUGGAUCCCUGAUGUCGGUGUGGUUUGGACAAAGAUUAAUAAUCUUCGCCACAUCCCCGGAAACGGCUUUGGAAUUUGUGAAGACGCAGGACGCCAAUUUCUGCUCGAGACCGAAACAGCAAGCUCCCUCAGUUCUUUUGCCACAUGAUCUUACAUUCUCAGACGUUACAUCCCAUUCGAAACUCCUUCGAAAGAUUUUCCAGCAGCAGUUCACAACUUCAAAGAAAAUGGAAGCCACGCAACAGCUUCGAGCGAACGAAUUUGCCCAUAUGUUGCGCACAAUUCCACAUGACACCACGGUGAACGUGAAGUUUCACUUAGAAGUGUUGGCCGGGAACAUUUUCUCACAAUUGGUGAUGAGCAGAAGGUUGCUACAGCCAUCAAGCAUUGAAGACACUACCACUGAUAGCACGGAGAAACUGAAAGACCUCAUGAAAAUUACAGCAGAUUUAGACCGCAUCAUCGGCACGUUCAAUCCUGGGGACUUCAUUCCCGCUGUCAAGAGGUUCGAUUUGGCAGGAAUCGGAUGCAAAUUCAAGCAAUUCCGAAACCGCAUGGAUUCUUUCGUCGAGAAGAUCAUUCAAGAGCGUCUUGAGGAACGCAAGUCUAGCCGCGCCCCCAAAGAGUUACGAGAGAAGGACUACCUAGAUGCGCUACUCGAUGAAGCUGACCAGCAAAAAGAAAUUGAUUUGAAUGUUGUGAAAACCAUGAUCUGGGAAAUCUUCGCCGCGGGAAUGGAGACGAACAUAGCCUCCUCCGAAUGGGCCAUGGCAGAGCUCGUGAACGCACCCCACACAAUGAAGAAAGCGCAAGCAGAGCUCGAUGCUGUAGUUGGGCGGGAUCGCAUGGUGAAGGAAUCUGAUCUUCCCAACCUACCUUACAUCAAAGCAAUUGCUAAAGAGUCUCUCCGCCUUCACCCCCCGGUCCCUUUUCUUGCCCACCAAUGUAUCAAGAGCUGCAAAGCUUUCGGAUAUGACAUCAAAUCCGGAACAAGCGUCUUCGUCAACGUCUAUGGAUUGGGACGACUUGAAAGCAUCUACCCCGACCCCAAUACAUUCAACCCUGACAGAUUCCUUCCCGGAGGCAGCAACGUCGGUCUCGACUACCAGGGCCAAAACUUCGAGCUCUUGCCCUUCGGCUCCGGACGUCGAAUCUGUGCAGGAAUGCCAGUGGCUUCACUCAUGGUGCAAACCGCCGUCGCAACCCUAUUACACGCUUUCACUUGGAUUGCACCCAAGGACCAUGAAUUAAUGGAGGGGCUUGGGGCGGCAUCACUUUCCAAGGCUGUGCCAUUGAAAGCUCACGCUACACCUCGUCUGCCAUCCCAUGUGUACUCCUUGUAAUAAGAUGCACCCUCUGACGAUGUCCAUCCAGAGUUCAGAAUUUACGUUAUAUCUGAAGCUGUAGGCAAAACUAUUCGAUAUGUUUGCUUCAGGACCUGUAUAAAUGUCAUUCCUAGUGUGUUUCAGAUUUAGUUUUAUAGUUUUUUUUGUAGCUCACAUGGAUUCUGCAGCAUUGCAAUAUUCGGUGCCUGUGCAAUGAGGUAACGACCGGCACAGGUUCCGCAAACGUCUGUUGACAUUAAUUUGAUGAAAUUCAAUAAAAGGAGAUUUCAGGUGCCAACCUACUCCAUUCACAAGAA